GAGGACUCUUAGUAGAGUACAUCAGUUUUAUUAUUUAGUACUGCUUGUGGGUAGAAUUACUCUGUUGGCAAGGUUCUUUGUUCUAAGUAGCAUCGUAGCGAUGAAGGAUCAUCUAAUGCUUAAUGUUAACAACCUUGUGAUUCCUGAGUCUGUUGAGGCGACCGAGGUAGCGACGAAUCUGCCUUCUGGUGGAGUUUCUCUACCACCGCUUUUGUCAGUUCGGGAAAGCAUGGGUACUGAGGAAGAACCUCUUAUUCAGACUGUAGAAUGUCGUAUUUGCCAAGAGGAGGAUAACACCAGCAACCUCGAGAGUCCAUGUGCUUGUACUGGAAGUCUAAAGUAUGCUCAUCGAGUUUGUGUGCAGAGAUGGUGUGAUGAGAAAGGAGAUUUGACAUGUGAAAUUUGCCAUGAGCCAUACAAACAUGGGUACACUGCACUUCCUAGAGCUCAUCCUGAUGAGACAACCAUUGAUAUAAGUGGUGGUUGGACCAUUACUGGUACAGCAUUUGAUUUGCGUGAUCCUAGGAUCAUUGCAAUGGCACAAAAUCAUAUUAUGGAAGCUGAUUAUGACGACUAUUCUGUAACAAACGCGAGCUCUGCUGCCUUUUGCCGUUCUGCCGCGCUUAUUUUAAUGGCUUUGUUAGUGUUGAGGCAUGUGUUGGUACUAACUGAUGAAGAUGAAGAUGAUGCUUCUUCGAUGUUUUCGCUUUUUCUACUACGUGUUGCUGGGUUUCUGCUACCGUUCUACAUCAUGGCUUGGGCAAUCAAUAUCUUACAAGGUCGAAGGCGGAGGCAGGUAGCUGCUGCUCUAGCAGCAACCGAAGUGGCAUUCAUUCUACAGUCGGGACAAAGAAGGGGCAUGAAUUUCACCAUCGCACCAGAUUCCCCUGCCACACCGCAGCACGAACCUAUCCCUUGAACAUGUCUCUGACCAGCGGCAUGUCAGCAUCACUUAGGUUCUUAACUGGUUGAGUUGGCGAAGGACUUCUGUGAGUUGUGAUUACUCAGCACAUGAUCAGACGCAAUGUCGUCUCUUGUCAGGUUUUAUCGUUUAUCAAGUGCGGAUUUAGAUAGAAUGCUUAUCCAUAUCAUGUAUUUUUGAGUAAUUUUACCAUCCAUGAGUAUGAGAAAGAAACUUUAGGUACCGAAAUUUAUCUCUAAAAUUAAAAUUUUGGUGCCUGAAGGUAGAACAAUAGAAAUUAUGGUACAUUUUAAGGAUGGUAAAAUUUUUGUGUGUAAGAGGUGCCUAUGAUGCCCCUGUUGUAUGUAAUGAUAUGGGUUGUGUGUCCAGUGCCCUGCUUAUUACAGGCAGAGAGCACGGUGAAACGUUACAGUCUAGUCAUACUGAGGUUUAUAUAUACAUAUGAUUUACCAA